UGGUCCUUGAUUUUUUUUCUUCAGUAUGCUAAACUUUUUUCAAUAGUCAACCCGAAAGUUCCCUUCAAACAUCUGUUUCGAACGACAGCAAACAGGGACGAGCAGGAUUUGGCUGUAACCGGGGCAAGCUGGUUAAAACUGGAAGCGACUGAAAGGCUGGUCAGAACGAGGAGGACGAGCAAAGAGAGCAGUCUAAAUACAGCUUUCCAGGCGUAGAAGGCAACUUUCGAACGAACAUGCCCCCAAAACGCCCAACUCCAUCACGUUCCUACGCACCAAAUAAACUCCAGCGCCGGGCAACUCUCCCGGCGGCUGCUAGAGCGAUAAAAGAAGUUUCAGAAUUGUCGGAAGAGGAUGAUGAUGUGGAUGAUGAAAUGAAAGCAAAGCUAGCCAGAAAAGAGGCAAGAACGAUACGUAACCGAGAGUCAGCCCAAAGAUCUCGCAACCAACGCAAAGCCCAUCUAGCUUGGCUAGAGAGUAGGGUCCUCGAGCUAGAGGCAGAAAAUCAAGCUCUCAGAGCUGGGCCGCCCAAUGCCAAACCCAAAGCCAAAAAAGAAAGUACAGAAAAUGUGACUGAGAUAAGUGGGCCCAGUACAUUGAGGACAUCGUCUUCAACAUCAGUGUCUGCUUCAGAAUCACCAUCACCUUCGGUUCACCCAAAUCCCAUAUCCGCCGCCGUCUCCACCUGGACAAAGCGUUCUUUCCAUCCCAAUACUUCUUAUUCUUGCACUCGUACUCACUCACGAGAACCCUCUCCGGCUCAAAGCGUAUUUUCGUUAGCAACAGAUCUCGGACUUCCCACUGAACUCGUCAAUGGCGGUGCAGGCGUCCGAUUGGCAAGCGUGACACCGCCGAGUAAAGAGAUGUUGUCAGAGAUGGGCGUGGAUGACGACGAUGAUGAUAGGGAAGCAACACAUGGGGAUAGGAUAGGGGUUGGGAAUUUUUUCCACACUCAUCUCGGCCACAUCCAGCCAAGCUCCAAUUCAUUUGACGAGGAAGAAGCCCGGCUCAAAGAGGAGAACGCACACCUCCGUGAAAGGGUUGGAUUGCUUGAAAACUUAGUUAAGCAAGUUGUCAUACUUUUCGACCUCAAUCCCAACUCGACGUCGUUACGUAUACCUGUAUCCAUGCCCAAUAUGUCGGCACCUGUACCGGCACCGCCGUCGCCUAUGCUUUUAGGUCAAAAUUCCAUGUCGAUAUCGAUCCCAACACAUACAUUGCCGUAUUCUACUUCGGACGGGGCUGGUGGAAUGCAAGAGGCGAGACGUGGGAGUGAGAUAGCGACGAACAGAGCAGCAGUAGAGAACUUUUGGGCCCAAGAAUCAACACAUUCUGGCCAGCAGCCUGAUUUUGGAGCGUCACGCACCCAGCCAUCUCACCCACAUCAAUUUUACACUUCUGACGGUCAUACUAAACACUCGGCACAUCCAUCACAUCUACCAUCACCACGUCCUCUUUUGUCCUCUCAACUAGGACAACACCCCAAUCAAAUGGAACAGAUGGAGCAGAGGCGACAGUGUGCUCACUCAGGGUAUGUGAGGUCAACCACCGGUGCGACAGUGACGAGUGCCGCUUUGGAAGAUUCCAAUCCUCGAUCCUACUCCAACUCCAACGCGGGCUUACAUCUGAACUCCAAUAUGCAUGCAGACAACAGCCCAAGUACUCUUCAACAAUUUCAUUCUGGUACGGGGCGAAAUGGGGAGAGUGCGAGCUUUGUACCUCUUCCUCAAGGUCCCAUGACGUCUACCUCCGAGAUUCCAUCUGCCAUGUCAACAACUUCAUUUCUGUCUACAUUCAUAUCCACAUCUUUAUCGAAUCCUACUGCCACCCCUACUCCUUUGUCGACUUCUCUUUUUUCAGACUCACCUUCUAUUUCAAUCUGUUCCAACGACGAGAAACAAGCCAAGCAUACCCCUGUCGCUUGUCACUCAGCAGUAGUGGCGACCUCAUCUCUCAUCUCUUCCGCUUCACUUCCAUUCGCACCGGCAAACCCGCAGGCGUAUGAGAGAAUGAGGAGGUGGCAUGAGGCCCUGCAGCGGGCGAGAGGGGUUUGGUGCUUAGUCAGCGGAUGGAAGAGGCAGAAGGUUUGGUAGAAGAGAAAGAAAAAAGUAAAAACGAUGAGAAAAUCAUGGCAACUUCCAUUGAGGGUUUAUCCUCCUCAAUCUUGACCUCGUCUCAGCCUCAUCCUUCACAGACUCCUGUCAACCAGCCCACCACCACCGUUAUCAACAUCGGGACCACAUCCAAUGCCAAUGACAAUCUACCUUCGCUUUCUCUUUCCGAUGAAGGCUCAGCAUGGGAUCAAGCUAUGGAGCGGUUUAUUGAUAGGAUAGAAGGGGGAGUAGACAUGAUGGACGAUGACUUGGCCGGGGUUAUGGAUGGUUGGAGGGUUGCAGACGGGAUCGUUGUUUGAGCGAUGGUUCCGGUGGAGCGGAGGUGUGUUUGUGUGUUGCGCUCUUGAGGUGAAAAAGCCCCGAGAACACGAUUAUGAUUUUUUUUUCUGGCCGACUACAGCAGUUCAUCUCAGGGGCUCAUUAGAAAGGUGGACUCCUCGUUCCAAGUAUCCUUCCCUUAUUACAUCACAUCAUACCAAACCUGUCAGUCACACAACUAUUCAUUAUCAUCCAACCCAACAUUCUCGACAUAAAUCUCGCUUAAAGCCUCAAAAAUUGGAGACGAAAGACAAGUGAGGAAAAAAGAAAAGGAAGACGACUUCACUUGACUCCGCGUUCCUUCCGUGCCCGCUCGCUGAAAAGGCUUGAGCCGUAUGGGAGACUCAGACGCGUGAGACGUGGGUCUGUCUCUGUUCUUUUAUAACCUCCUUGGAGCUUUCGAACAGUUUCAUUGGACUUGGCAAUAUAAGAGGGUGAGGCUUUUUGGGGAGAAUAUGGUUGUUGGACUGCUGGGCUUAGUAAAAAGGCGAUAGAACAGUGUGAAGAUGUAGGGGCAACGAUAACUGUGUAAGAUUCGAGGAUGGGUCACUGGCGAGCGCGAGAGUGAGGUGUUGGGAUAUAGAAGAUAGAAUGUAGAAAGGUAUGGCAUCGUGAUAAAUAACUA